AUGUUCACCUCUUAUAUCAAAAACAAUCCAUCAAUGGAUCCUCAAGUUCUACGAAUGAUUUACAGACCACAAUCUACCAUGAUUUCCCCAUCUCAAGAACCACUCAACGAUUUCCAUCUUUUCCCGAAACUCUUACCUGAACUUCGAAUUCUCGUCUGGCGAUAUGCCUGCACCACUCGUACCGUUGAAGUUCGAUAUGAUCCUACCAUCGAUCGAUGUCGUUCGAUGAUUCCACCUCCUGCAAUCCUCCAAGCUAAUCACGAAUCACGAACCGAAGCUUUACGUGUAUAUACACUUUCUUUCGGAACAAAGACUUCCGAACCAAGAAUCUACUUCAAUCCUUACAUCGAUAUUCUUUACCUUCCUCGGCAUCGUGCAAUGGGGUAUGAUGAAACCCUUCGCGACUUUCGUACCUUUUUAAAUACACCAGAACUUCUCGAUGAUGUCAAAGCUAUUGGAAUCGAUCAUGUGGAUGUAGAAAUCAAGAGACCUUGGGAAUCAUACAAUAAAGCAACAUUAAUGCGAUCUUUUCCGAAUCUCGACUUGGUUAAACUUAUCAUUAGAGAGGAGAGAAGGCCGUGCGGCAGAUUGGACGAGGACUUCGAAUUUGUAGAACCGAGGAUGGAACCCGAGGAUAUAUUAAGAAUAUGGGUGGAUUUCAAACAAAGUUUCGUAAGGGAAGAAAGAACUUUAAAGGAAAUCGCUAUGGGUCUUGAGAAGGAAUAUAUGGGGUGGGCCUUACCGACUGUGAGGGUACAGACGAAGGUUAAAAAGGGAAUUGUAUAA